UGGUCUCGAUGAAAAUUUUGGAUUCUAUUUGUAAAUCCGUAGAAUCUAUAGCUAUGGAAAAAGAUUUCUGGAGAGUUCUUGACGAGAUCAAAAUGCCUGCUAAUGCUGCGGAAGCGUGUUGCCUAGCGUGUGCUCUCGCGGCGAAGCAGACGGUGUCAAAGGUUAUCGUAGCACCGACGGUGACGGGCAGCACUGCGCGACAUCUCGCGCGCGUAGCUCCUGAAGUUGUUAUAUUGACGAUAAGCUCCAACCCAUUCACGGCAAGGAAACUGCAGCUGUACAGAGGGAUAAUACCUUUAAUUUAUACUGAUAAAGCAAGAUCAAAGUUUGAAGACGAAGUGAACACGCGCGUCGCGUACGCGGUAUCAUAUUGCGUUAAGCAUAACAUAUUAAAAUAUAAGCAAACUUACGUUCUGUUGAGACGAAGUACUAUCUACAGUGGUUUCCCUGACCAGAUCAGCGUGCGGACUGUCUCUUCAAAAUUUCAUAUGAGUGAUAUCACAGAUUCAAAAUAAG